CUUUGGUAUGAGUUUAGUUUGGAUUAAAACAUCGAAUAAACAUUGCUACGUGUCCACGAAACCAGUUUUGUAUGAAAAAAGUGAAUCCAACCGCCAACGGUCGACCGUUUACGAAUUCGGUCAGCAGGAUUAACAGGAAGAUGUAAUAAUAUUCCUGAAAACCGUUUUCUUCGUUCAGAACGUGUCUUUUUUAGUAAACAAAAGUUUUAUUGAUUUGUGACAUGUGUCAGUAGGGUCAUGCGCUGCAGUUGUGUUGUUGUUGUUUUUGUUUGUUGUGAUUUGUGAUAGUUGUUGAAAAUCAUGUUGUUUAUGUGAUAUGGCGGAAAUAAAGCCCCUGUAUUCGACAUGUGUUGCUGUCUUAGGAUUUAUCUGCUUUGUGGUUGGCGCUACUGCAGUUGGAAUACCUAUGUGGGGAUAUUUCAGCACGCCUGUUGGGGGAUACAACGAUGAAGAAGGAUAUUUUGGACCAUGGAAAACCUGUAAAUAUUUGUUAUACAAUAGGGAACGAUGUGGAAAUAAUGACUCAAGGUUUAGGCCCUCAGUUGUUGUAUGGAUAGCUGGUCUAGUAGCAUCAGUAGGAGUGGCCAUUCUUGGAGUCUUCUGCAUUUUAAGUGUCCUUCAGUUAGCCAUGUUAAAUUCAAGGGACCAAGUAGUUAUGAAAUAUAGUAUAGUUGUUAUAACCAAAGUUGGACUGGGAUUAUUAUCCGCGUUAUUGGCGAUAGCCGCUGCGGGCCUCUUUGCCUUACAAACCGACGACAGGGAACACAAUGGAUUCGAAAUCACCCGAGGUCCUGCCUUUUACAUUCAGAUCCUGUUAAUUUUUUUAAACGCUACAUUAUUUGUGAUGGCUCUCUAUGACAUGUUUUUUGCCAGAAGGGAGGGAGGAGAUCCUACUACAGUUUCAGUACCUGCCGAAGCAACAACAUACGGGAAUCCUGGUUUUAGGGAACCAAGAACAAAUGGUAAUAGUGGCAUAUCUAUGACAGACGCCAGUGGCAGACCUUACGUCUCGAAUGGCAGCAUGGCUUCCAUGAACACGACUUCCACAACUGUUGGCUCGACGAACGGAUCAACCAUAGGGUCGUCCAUCACCAGAUCGCCUUUGCGGUCUAGUCUUAAGAAACCAAAGCCUAAAGAAGGGCUUGGUAUUCAGAAUCCAGGUUUCUCUGGAACGUCGCCAACCAUGACAAGGAACGGUAGCCAAAAAAAAGUAAGGAUACAGACGCAUAGCACUGAAGUUUAAAUGGUUGGUAAUUAUAUAUUACCGCUAUUACUCUCUAUUUUUUUAAGGCGCAGGUUUUUAGAGAAAGCUGCUGAAAGUACUGUCUGAUAGAUAUAUCUUCCGGGUCGUUAAAAGACAAGGAGCUGCAACUCUCCCAAAAGAGUUAUUAGGCAAGAAAGUUUUUGAAAACUUCAAAGAUAUACAUUUAUGUAAAAUCGUAUGUCAUGCAAUGGAUACAGUAGCGGAUAUGACAAGCAAAAAACAAUUCGACUCAUUUACAAAAAGUAAAAAAAUGAGAGAAUUCAAAAAUAUGUAAAUAUUCUAAUAUUUAUAGUUAAUAACAGUUGCUUUGUUGUAUUCGACUUGUUGAACUGUGUAUUUUCUGCAGAUUUUAAUAUAAACCUGACGCUUUAAUAUUAAAAUAGGUAUUAUAUGUAUCAAAUACAUAUCAAGUUUUUUCAUUACAUUGACAUUAUAGUCGUUUUUAUGGUAAUAGGUACCACUCCACCUAUCGGGUGUUCAUUUAGAUUUAGAGAUGUUUAUAUUAUAAAAAACAGACGAGUUUUUAAAAAAGUUGAUAACUAAAAGUGACCGUAUUUUAAAAUUUUUGGAAUUUUAUCAAAUUAGAGGGAAUACAGAGUCGUGGCGUAAAACCAUUUAAAAAAAACCCUUUCGAGAGUCUAUUUAGUUUUUUUUUCGCAAAAUUUUAGUUUUUGAUACGGAGCUCAUAAUAUCAUAUUAGCCUGAAACUGUUUUUGUCGAAUCUUAAAGAAAUUUCUAAAGAACAAAAUUAUGUAUGUAUUGGGCAGGGUAGCGAAAAACCAAACCACUUUAUUUCACACUCUACUCUAAUUAAAAGUUUUUAUGGCUGUAUAUAAUUUGAGUUCAUAGCGAAUGUGGUCGUUUUUUAUUUGUCAGUUUCAAUACCGGUGUAUGCACAAAGGCCUGCCUGAGUAGGUAUCUUAUUUUCAGAUCCCUCUUCUUCUAAUUGGUAUUGGUUUUGGAUAAAUGAGAGACUGAAAAGUUUCCUACGAGGAGAAAUACCGCAUUAUCAAACUGGAUUUACCAAAGGUAGAGGAACUCAAAAGCACCUUCUGAACAUAUAUAUCAUAUAAUAAAAAAAUCUAGGGAAUUCAAUAUCCCACUAUACAGCGACAAGAAUGAGAAAAGCGCUUUAAGCAUGGGAAAGGGGCAUCUUAAUAUAUGGCCGAAAAAUAAACAACAAACAACCUGCGUUUUAUAUUAUGGCACAGCCCAUCUUGCAAAUAGUCAAGAAGAGUUAAUUGAUUUCAUACGACUAGUUGAAAACGACAGUCAAACAUUUAAUCGGCAGUUAAGCGUAUCAAAAACAAAUAAGAUCAUCGCAAUGGAUAGACUCCAUAACAACCAUCCAGAUAUAAAUACAAUUGACCGGUUUGAAGUGGUGACCUCAUACGUUCACUUGGAAUCUUUGCUUACAAACAAAGGGUAACUACAGGAAGAAAUAUAUAAAGCGUAGAUAUAUGAUCUAGCAAAAGUCGUCGUAGGAAAAAUGGUAGAGUAUUGAUUGCUUGAACCAUUCUGCAUCUGAAAAUAUUUAAAUAAGGGAUAUGUAAGAAAAGCGUUUUGUUAAAAUUGUUGAUUUUGGGUUUUAGAACUAUAUAACCUAGUUUUAUUAGGUAAUGUAUGUCUUCUUCGUCUUUGGUUUUUUGGCCUCCACCUACUUGUAUAUUUGGGGCCAGCUCAUUGUAUGGGCAUAAAGGAAAAAUCAUUGAUUCACUUACAAUUUAAAGUUGAUAUGGGACAAAUACAACAAUGGUAAAAACUUUUCUUGUUCAAGGGCAGCUGCCAACCAUUACAAAGUCUCAUUAUGUUCCCUCUCAUAGGUGUAGUGCCCAGGUGAUUACAAAAUAUUUAUACAAAAGAUUGUAGUGUUAUUUUAACUAGAUUUGAAUUAUCUAAGAGUAUGAAAUUUUUGAUAUAAUGUUCAAAUUAUUUAUUAUGUUAUCCAUUAGUUUCCAAUAUUUUGCCUUUCUCAUAACUACGUAAACCGCUAACAUGAUCUGAACAUUUUUUUAAUUUCGCAUAAAGUACAGCAAAUGUAAAUAGAAACAGUUUAGUUGUUGGUAAUUUUUUAUUCCAAUAUUAAAUUAUUGAUCAGGAAUAAUUUCUUAUUAUGAUUUUAGACGUCGCCGUCGCAUGCACUCCUGUCGCUAAAUAAUUACUGAAGGUUGUUUCCAUUCCCACAUGCGGCUUUUUUUGCAAUAAUUAAAUACUUAUUAAAAUUUGAAAUUAUGCAGAUAUCUUUCGCUUUGAAUCACCAACAAUUUAUAUCAGUCUUUCUUAAUUGGGUUUAAAGUAAAACAUGAAAAUCUUAUUGAAAAAGCAAUGUCAUACUUCCGAAAAUGACGUAAAAAUUCUACAAAAAUAAAAAAUAAGAUUUUAUAUAAAUGUAUUUACAAAAAAGGUUUGAAUAAGCCUCCACAAGCAGCGAAACAAUAACCCAACCUAUUGUAAAAUUAUAUCUAACAUUAGAUAACGUUUGCAGACUAAUACCGCUCCUUGAAUAAGAUAUAUUUUCUCGUAAUUAUUGGAGACUAUUAGGCCUAUCGUAUUUACCUUUGCUGUAGUUGUCCCAUAUCAACUUCAAAUUGUAGGAGAAGGGAUUUUUUCUUUAUUCCUGGACGAUGAGCUGGCCAAAUAUCCAACUAGAUGGAGGCCAAUAAACCAAAGAAGAAAAAGACCUACAUAACCUAAUAAAACUAGGUUAGAAAGAACGUCAUACGCACAAUUAUGACUGAAGUCAACUAGUUAACGUCUAAAGGUGGAAACUAUUCAUAGUGGUAAUGUAGGUAGUUUAAUGUAAAUUAUAGGUUUAUACCGAUAAUUUCCCACCUCUACUUUAUUCAUCUUCUUUUAUUUCACAACGUAUUAUUUUUUGCAUGUUUUGCGUUAUUUUGCCGGUUUUUAGAGAGCUCACCACUGCAUAAUAUAAUGAUGAGCGCGCUAAUAACCGGCAAAAUAACGCAAAAGAUAGAAAAUUUAAUACAAUGUGAAAUAAACGAGAUGAAGCUAGUAGAACUGGAAAUUAUCGAUAUAAACGUAUAAAUUAACAUUACAUUAGACAGUUUCCCACCUUCAGACGUUUCGGAGGAACAUGACAGCUGUCAAUGUGAGUGGAGAAUUUUAUAAAAUACUCUUGUUACAGACGUCUAAAGGUGGGAAACUAUCUAAUGGAAUGUUAAUUUAUACGUUUAUAUCGAUAAUUUUCACCUCUACUAGUUUUAUCUCUUUUUAUUCCACAACGUAUUAUGUUUUUUUUCUUUUGCUUUAUUCGGCCCGUUACUCAUCACUGUAUAAGGUAUUUACUGAUACUGUAUGCAGCUGACAACGGGAAGUAACAAAGGUGUGCUAUUAUGUUGCAAUAUCAAGUAAAUACCACAUAAAUAUGAUGUAUGUAUCUCCUAUUCCUACAGCUAUAACAUGUAUUAUGUUACGGUGAAAGUCCGAAAUUGGUGUAUGUCGACAUUCACCAGUGAAUGUCGACAUACACCAAAUGCCUUGGUGAAAGACCGAAUAUUUAUAAAUUUUGCUAUAGUUUGUUACAAUCACCGGUGUAUGUCAACAAUCGCAAAAGAGUUUCGGCGAAUGUGGGAAAUAAGCGGUCGUACUAGUUUUUGAUUGUUUAGGGUGGUGUGGUUAGUGGUUAGUGGUUAGUUUAGUGGUAUGUCGCUAAAAGAAGCAGCUUGUGCUAAUUCGAAAAGUGAAGGACAAGGCUAUACACGUUGUAACUGCAAAAGAAAGUGUUCCAUGGCUAAAUAUAGUUGUAAAGGCAAGGGGAUUUUGUGCAAUUCGAAGUGUCAUGGUAGCUUAAGUUGUUACAAUAAAUAAGUUUAUACUUAUUAU